CACCCGAGGAACGCUCGGGCGCUUGUCAGUGAGACCCACCAUCAUUAGGAGUGACAACAGACGAUGUCGGCGAGACCCACCAUCAUUAGCAAUGACAACAGACGGCAACACCUUUGUGCAGGAUAACGUCCCCCAAUGCCUUUGGUGGCUGAAAGACGCGUCCAUGAUCAAGCAAGCCUUCGAAGCCCUGUGCGUCAACGAGCUGAAAGGCUUGGAGUUCGAGUGCGACAACAAAUCGAGGGCACCUUGCAUCAGGACUGGAGAGCAGAUGCUGGAACGGGUGGCUUUCGGAGAGAGCACGGUCGAGGGCGCCACCAUAGGCCUGAGCAAGAUCCUCGGGUCCUGCUGGGCCCUCACGUACUUGGCCCUCGUCCUCGGCAAGCCCAGGUUCCAGACGAUGCUCGACCCUUCCCUCCUUGCGGGCAAGUCUUCCUCCGCCGGCGGUGCCGCCGUCUCUGUCUCCGGCGGCGGUGGUAAGAACAGCGGCCUUUUGGACGGCGGCCUCCUCCUUGCCAGCGGGGAUGUGGUGAACACGGGAGAAGUCGUCGAGAACCACGACGGUUCGCCUGACGGUGGGCGCAGCAGCACCGUCAAGGGCAGCAAGGCGCGGGGCGUCGUCGGCAUGCUACGCCGACGGGCGGAACGCCGCCGCCGCCGCCGCCACCGCCGCCGCCGCCGCAUGGCGGUGACGUCGGCGGCUGCGGUCUCCGCCGAGCAUGAUGCCGCGAGCGUGCUUAAAACCUCCGGAGUCACCGGGAGGGUGGCGGCGCCGAUGCCACUACGGGCCGGCAAGUAAUAAGUUUGGAACCGGUGUCACUGCUAUAAUCUCGGGGGGAAAGUGCACGGGAAGCAUCGCACUUGACAUUCCC